AUGGAGGAAAUUUAUGUCAACAUUGAAAAAGUCAAACCUGUCAGCCCAAAACAUUCAACAAAUCACGCAGAUGGUAAUUCAGCUGCAGAGCUCUCUGAUGUCAAACACAACCUGACUGUGUUUCUCCAGACGAGCAACAACAUACUCUCCUCCGUGACUGAAGAGAGAGACCUGCUGAACAGCAAACUCACUAAAAUGACUGAAGAGUUGGAAGAACUUCAGCAUUUGUCUGAACAAAAUAAAGUGUGUCCUGCAAGUUGGAAAAUGUUCAGUGGUUCCUGUUACUUCCUCUCUCAAGAGAAACGUUACUGGGUUGAAGGCAGACAGGACUGUAAAAGCAAAGGAGCAGAUCUGGUGGUGAUAGACAGCUCUGAAGAACAGAUUUUUAUCUCUAACAUCACCAAAACAUACACGUGGAUCGGUUUGAAUGACAGAGAAGAGGAAGGAACCUGGAAAUGGGUUGAUGGGACUCCAUUGAUUCUGGAGUAAGUCUUCAUUUUGGUCCAAUGUUAAC